CCGGAAGCAGAAUUAAUGCUGUAACUCUCAGCCAUUUUUGUUGUCACCAGCAAGCUGCUCAGAAGCGACGCUUUUUCCUCUUCUCGUCGUUUAUUUUCAAGUCUGUAAUCGAGCCGCUUCGCAAGGGAACGCCUUGCAAACAUGUCUGACUUCAUCGAGAGUGAGGCUGAGGAGUCCGAAGAGGAGUUUGAGGAGAAGGACCUGAAGCCUAAGAAGACGCAGAGAUUUAUGGAAGAUGAUGAAGAAGAAGAGGAAGAAGAAAACAUUGAAGAUCAGGAUGAGCACGGUAACCUGAAAGGACUUAUAGAUGAUGGAGAUGUGGAAGAAGAGGAAGAACCGCCAGAGGUGAAAAGUGGGGCAGAUGACAGCGACUCUGGUGAAGAGGUCCAUCAUCGCCGGAGAAAACGAAGUUAUGAUGACUAUCUGGAUGAUGAUGAUCUGGACCUCAUCGAGGAGAAUCUGGGAGUAAAAGUAAAGAGGAGGAAAAAGAAGUACUCGCGUGUGAAAACCAUGGAUGAUGAGGGGGAGGAUGAUGAGAAAGACAUGAUUGCUGAUGAGAUCUUCACUGGGGAUGGAGACGGUGAUGGAGAGGUGGAGGAGGGAGAGACUACAGCCACACUUCGUCCAGGGGAUGAAGAAGAGGAGGAAGAUGAUGAGGAAUCAGAUAUAGAUGAUUUUAUUGUGGAUGAUGACGGACAACCUAUCACAAAAAAGAAGGGAAAGAAAUUUUCGGGCUACACUGACGCUGCCUUGCAAGAAGCUCAAGAGAUUUUCGGUGGCGAUUUUGACUUUGCCGAGUUUGACACUGAGGCGUAUGACCACGCCGAAGAGGAAGAGGAGGAUCAGGAGGAUGAGUCAUGGGAUCGGCCAAAGAAACAGACAAAGAGGAGAGUCGGCCGUCGUAGCAUCUUUGAGAUCUACGAGCCCAGUGAGCUCGAGAGCAGCCACAUGACGGAUCAGGACAAUGAGAUUCGUUCUACAGACAUGCCCGAGAGAUUCCAGUUGAGAGCCAUCCCUGUGAAGCCUGCUGAGGAUGAUGAGCUGGAGGAGGAAGCCGAAUGGAUCUACAGGAAUGCCUUUUCCACACCAACCAUCUCCAUGCAGGAAAGCACCGACUACCUGGAUCGUGGAACGACAACUAAUUUCAGCAGGAAAGGCCCUAGCACCAUUGCUAAAAUCAAGGAGGCUCUGAAUUUCAUGAGGAACCAGCACUUUGAGGUUCCCUUCAUUGCAUUCUACAGGAAGGAGUAUGUGGAACCAGAGUUAAAUAUUAAUGAUCUUUGGAAGGUGUGGCAGUGGGAUGAGAAGUGGACCCAGCUGAAGACCAGGAAGCAAAAUCUGACGCGUCUUUUUCAAAGAAUGCAAUCUUAUCAGUUUGAGCAGAUCUCGGCCGACCCCGACAAGCCGUUGUCUGAUUCGACUCGUCCUCUAGAUACUGCUGACAUGGAGAGACUAAAAGACGUUCAGUCUCUUGAUGAGCUGGGUGACGUCUACAACCACUUUUUGCUUUACUAUGGCCGAGACAUUCCUAAGAUGCAAAACGCUACGAAAACCACCAAAAAGAAACUGAAGAAGAUCAAGGAAGUGUCAGAGGAAGAUGGCGAGGAGGCGGAAGUUGAGGAAGAGGAGGAGGAAGAGGAGCAAAAGGGUCCUGAUCUAAAACAAGCUUCCCGCAGGGAUAUGUACAGCAUUUGCCAAAAUGCUGGCCUUGACGGUCUUGCCAAGAAAUUUGGUCUGACACCUGAGCAGUUUGGUGAAAACUUGCGAGACAGUUAUCAGAGACACGAAACGGAGCAGUUCCCUGCAGAGCCUUUGGAGCUGGCCAAGGACUACGUGUGCAGUCAGUUUAGCACUCCUGAGGCCGUUCUGGAAGGCGCUCGCUACAUGGUGGCUAUGCAGAUUGCCCGUGAACCACUGGUCAGGCACGUGCUCAGACAGACCUUCCAAGAGAGGGCCAAGAUUAACAUUAAGCCAACUAAGAAGGGCAAGAAGGAUGUAGAUGAGGCACACUAUGCCUAUUCCUUCAAAUACCUGAAGAACAAGCCUGUGAAAGAGCUCAGCGGAGAUCAGUUUCUAAAGAUGUGCCUGGCUGAAGAGGAAGGCCUGCUCACAAUAGACAUCUGCAUUGACCUUGUGGGGGUCAAAGGAUAUGGAGAUCAGACCUACUUUGAAGAGAUCAAGCAGUUUUACUACAGGGAUGAGUUCAGUCAUCAGGUGCAGGAGUGGAAUAAGCAAAGAACGUUGGCCAUUGAACGAUCCCUGCAGCAAUUUCUUUAUCCUCAGAUGGCCAAAGAACUGAAGAACAAGCUCGUCGCUGAAGCCAAGGAGAAUAUUGUAAAGUCAUGCUGCAAGAAGCUGUAUAACUGUCUGAAGGUGGCCCCAUAUCGGCCUGAUCAGCAGGUGGAGGAGGAUGAUGAUAUAAUGGAUGAGUCACAGGGAAAGGGUAUCCGAGUGCUGGGGGUGGCCUUCGCUUCCAGCAGAGACACGCCAGUAUUCUGUUCCCUCAUUAAUGGUGAAGGAGAAGUCGUGGAUUUCCUCAGGCUUCCUUAUUUCCUAAAGAGACGAAAUGCGUGGAGAGAGGAUGAAAGAGAGAAGAAGCUUCAAGACAUUGAGAACCUGAAGAAGUUCCUCCUUAGCAAGAAGCCACAUGUCGUUGCUGUCUCUGGGGAGAAUCGUGAUGCUCAUAUGGUGAUGGAGGACAUCAAACGUACCAUCAGUGAGCUGGAGCAGGACUCCUCUCUUCCUGCAGUUGGAGUUGAGCUGGUGGACAACGAGCUGGCUGUGCUUUACAUGAACAGCAAGAAAUCUGAGGCGGACUUCAGAGACUACCCACCUCUGCUUCGGCAGGCUGUGUCUGUGGCCCGCAAGAUUCAGGACCCGUUGGUGGAGUUUGCCCAAGUCUGCAGCAGUGACGAUGACAUACUUUGUUUGAAACUACAUCCCCUACAGGAGCAUGUGGUUAAAGAAGAGCUGCUGGGGGCUCUUUAUUGUGAGUUCAUAAACCGGGUGAAUGAGGUAGGUGUGGAUGUGAACAGAGCCAUUGCUCACCCCUACACUCAGAGUCUGGUCCAGUACAUCUGUGGCCUUGGAUCAAGAAAAGGUUCGCAUCUGCUCAAGAUUCUGAAACAGAACAACACUAGGUUAGAGAACCGGACUCAGUUAGUCACCAUGUGCCAUAUGGGACCCAAAGUCUUUAUCAACUGUGCUGGCUUCAUUAAGAUCGACACCGCUUCUCUUGGAGACAGCACUGACUCCUACAUCGAGGUUCUGGAUGGUUCACGUGUCCACCCUGAAACGUACGAGUGGGCACGGAAAAUGGCAGUGGAUGCUCUGGAGUAUGACGAGUCGGCGGAGGAUGCCAACCCAGCCGGAGCUCUGGAGGAGAUCUUGGAAAACCCGGAGAGGCUGAAGGACCUGGAUCUGGAUGCCUUUGCUGAAGAACUUGAGAGACAGGGCUAUGGUAAUAAGGGUAUCACUCUGUAUGACAUCCGAGCAGAGCUUAGCUGUAGAUAUAAAGAUUUAAGAGCCCCAUACAGGCCUUCCAAUACCGAAGAGGUCUUCAACAUGCUCACCAAGGAGACACCCGAGACCUUCUAUAUUGGUAAACUGAUCACCUGUGUUGUGACCGGCAUCGCUCACAGACGACCACAAGGUGAGAGUUAUGACCAGGCUAUCCGUAACGAUGAGACGGGACUCUGGCAGUGCCCUUUCUGCCAGCAGGACAAUUUCCCUGAGCUCAGUGAGGUGUGGAAUCACUUUGACAGCGGUUCAUGUCCUGGCCAAGCCAUUGGUGUGAGAACCAGGUUAGAUAACGCUGUCAUGGGCUUCAUCCCAACUAAGUUUCUCAGCGACAAAGUAGUCAAGCACCCUGAGGAAAGAGUGAAGGUUGGCAUGACCGUGCACUGCCGCAUCAUGAAGAUUGACAUCGAGAAGUUCAACGUAGACCUCACUUGCAGGACGUCUGACCUUAGCGACAAGAACAAUGAAUGGAAGCUUCCCAAAGACACCUACUAUGAUUUUGAUGCCGAGGCAGAUGAUGUUAAACAAGAAGAGGAACUUAAGAAGAAGCAACAGAGAACCACUUACAUUAAGCGUGUGAUCGCUCACCCAUCGUUCCACAACGUCAACUUCAAACAAGCGGAGAAAAUGAUGGAGUCAAUGGACCAGGGUGACGUAGUGAUACGACCCAGCAGUAAAGGCGAGAACCAUCUGACGGUCACGUGGAAAGUGGCUGAUGGGAUCUAUCAGCACGUGGAUGUGCGUGAGGAAGGCAAGGAGAACGCCUUUAGUCUUGGGCAUACGCUCUGGAUCAACACCGAGGAAUUUGAGGAUCUGGAUGAAAUCACAGCCCGAUAUGUGCAGCCCAUGGCUGCGUUUGCACGAGACCUGCUUGGUCACAAGUACUUCAAGGACUGCAAUGGAGGUGACAGGAAGAAAAUGGAGGAGAUCCUUGUAAGGUCCAAGAAGGAGAAGCCCACAUUCAUCCCCUACUACGUUUCCGCUUGUAGAGACCUGCCAGGCAAAUUCCUGCUGGGUUACCAACCUAGAGGGAAGCCAAGGAUAGAAUAUGUAUCCAUUACGCCAGAUGGUUUUAGAUAUCGGUCCCAGAUGUUCCCUACAGUUAAUGGUCUCUUCCGCUGGUUUAAGGACCACUACCAGGACCCAGUGCCAGGCAUCACACCCACCAGCAGCAGAACACGAACACCUGCAUCUGUGAAUGCCACACCUGCCAACAUAAACAUCGCAGAUCUGACCCGAGCAGUCAACGCUCUACCGCGAAAUAUGACGUCCCAGAUGUUUAACGCUAUAGCAGCUGUGACCGGACAGGGACAGAACCCCAACACAACACCGGCCCAGUGGGCCUCCAGUCAGUACGGUUACAGCGGAGGCAGCAGCGCGGGAGGAGGCGGCAGCAGCAGCGCUUAUCACGUGUUUGCAACACCUCAGCAACCCAUGGCCACACCCUUGAUGACACCCAGCUAUUCUUAUACCACACCUGGCCAGCAGCAGGCCAUGGCAACGCCUCAGUAUCCCAGCAGCACCCCACAGUCCUCACAUGGACAUCAUCCACAUUCUUCCUCCACUCCGUCAUCGUCUUCAUCCAGAGUCCGGACGCCACAACCCAAGUCGAGUUCCCACACAGCUGUGGAUUGGGGAAAGAUGGCCGAACAAUGGCUGCAAGAGAAAGAAGCCGAGCGACGGAAGCAAAAGACGCCCCGCAUGACGCCCCGCCCUUCACCAAGCCCCAUGAUCGAGAGCACCCCUAUGUCCAUCGCCGGAGAUGCCACCCCCCUCUUGGACGAGAUGGACCGAUAGGAGUGGGGACAGAGGUGUUGAGGCAUCUCGUACAAACCCGGUCCAUCCACAUCCCACCAUCACCCAUUGCUGUCUUUAUAACUCACUUUCGCUGCUAGAAGUAUUUCUUUUCCAGAAUGACGGUCAUUCAGAGCUACUGACGCAAAGACAAACACUUGAAAUGUGAUGACGACAAACAGAUUUAGGAAAUGGACCUACAAUAAAAGUUUGUCACAAGGGGGUUCUUUCUUUUAAAGUGUGUUUGUGUGUGUGCAACACACAUCCUUUUUCGUUUCAGUUUUUUAAGAGGAAAGGCGUAAAGCAUGAGGAGUUGCAUGAGUCGGUCUGGUGUCCAAAUCAUUGUGAGAUUAAUUCGAAACCCACACAGGCUUUGCCAAACCGCUUUUCUUUGUGUAUCUGGCUUAAACAUUUAAAUAAAACCCUAUUUCAGUAUAAACUAUA